AUGGGCAAGCCUAUCGUUUUACAGCUCGGCGACGACAUCAAGUGGAACCAUGAUCUCUACAAGGACUUCUCCUCCAAGUUCGACAUCAGGCGCUCGUACAGCAUGCCGCGAGCCGAGUUCAUCCAGGCGCUGAAGGAGAAGAAGUUUGGUGACUUCUUCGCCAUCUACCGUCCAUUCUGGAACACUGGAGGCGAGAUGGGCAAUUGGGACAAGGAGCUGAUCUCGCUUCUGCCGUCGUCGUGCAAGAUUUACGCCAGUGCCGGUGCUGGUUUCGACUGGGUUGACACGGAGUCUUUGGCACAGCGGGGGGUCACCUACUGCAACGCUGCAGCAGCCUGCACAGAAUCCGUCGCCGACGGCGCCAUCUGGCUCCUGAUCUCCAUCUUCCGCCUCUUCUCGUGGUCAUCCACGGCCGCGCGCUCCGGCGACCCGGACCAAUUUGUCGACGCCAACAAGAACCUCGCCGUCGUCUCGCGUAACCCCAACGGCUUCAGCCUUGGUAUCAUUGGCUUCGGCAAGAUCGGUCGCCGCAUCGCGGAGAAGGCAUACGCUUCCCACGACAUGAAGAUCCUCUACAACGACGUCGUCCGCAUGCCCGCCGAGCUCGAGAAGCCCACGAAUGCGACCUACUACAAGAACAUCGACGAUCUGCUGGCCACCGCCGACUGCGUGUUGGUCGCGACGCCUUUUGCGGGCAAGACGCUCCUCGACGCGACGGCGAUUGGUAAGAUGAAGAAGGGUGCCAAGGUUAUCAACAUUGCACGUGGUAAGCUCAUCGAAGAGGAGGCACUGGUUGCCGCGUUGAAGAGUGGACAGCUCUCAGCUGCCGGACUCGAUGUCCACUUCAAUGAGCCCCACGUCAGCAAGGAGCUCAUCAAGAUGAGAAACGUCGAGGUUCUUUCGCACAACGCCGGUGCGUCGCUAGAUGCGCACAUUGGUUUCGAGAAGCUCGGCAUGGAAAACAUCCUCUCUUUUGAGAAGACAGGCAAGGCAAUUACUCCAGUGAACGCCCACCUGAUCAAGCAGAGUCGCUUGUAA